UCUGAAAUUUCUUGUUCAGUUCCAAGGAAGGGGUAAAGGGUAAGGGACAAGAAUAAAAAUGGGGCUGAAAGUCGGGGUUCUCUGUCUUCUACUAAAUGGUUUUGUUCUAUCAGAGACUGACCCACCAGCCGGGAGAUUUUUGUUCUCCGCUCCUGUUGCAACAGUAAUUCCAUCUGACUCGUGUGGGUCAACACUGUCCAGUAAAACUGGAACCUUCUCCACCCCUGCUGACUUUAGUACCCAGAGCACGUGUGUCUUCAAGAUCGGGAAACAGAAUAAGAACAUCUGCCAGUAUAGGCUAGACUUUGAUACCUUUCUCCUUGCCAGUCCAACCUCAGUUUCUGCAGCAGGACUGGGUCGGUGUUCAGCUGAGCAGCUUAGUUUAGUAUCUGGAGAUGGUCUGGCAGCUCCAACUAUAUGCGGGGAUGCAUCAGGACAGCAUAUGUAUCUGAAUGCUGGCGGGGAAACUGAUACUGCAGUUCUAACCUUCACUGGACCUUUCACAUCCACAUCAGAUUUCAGUAUUAAAGUUACACAGAUAGAGUGUAGUUCAAAGGACAGAGCUCCAGACGGUUGUUUACAAUACUUUACUGAAGAAACAGGAAGCAUUGAAUCCUUUAACUUUGAUGGAUCCCAUCUUCUCGAGAAUAUGGAUUACAAGAUCUGUAUCAAGAAUGGAAAGGGUAUGUGUGGUGCUAGGUAUACUGAGGAUCCUAACAUAGCAGAAUCAUUCUUGAUGUCUACUGAGGAGUGGGCUGUUGAGUCCUUUACUGAUGCUGCAGCUGGUGGAGUAGGUGGAGCAGGUCCUUUACAGGGAGAUUUCUGUGAUAAUUACAUUACUAUCCUUGGAGGAUUCACUGCUUCUUCACUUACACAAGAAUCAAGUGGGUAUGUAACUACAGAGGCAGCUAUAACAACUACAACAGAGGCAGCUACAACAACAACAGAGGCAGCUACUACAACAACAGAGGCAGCUACUACAACAGAGGCAGUCACAACAACAGUAGCGUCUGCAGUCACAACAACAGCAGCGUCUGCAGUCACAACAACAGCGUCAGCCUCAACACCAGUAACAGUAGCAGGUCGACGUAGAAGAAGAAAUGUAGAAACAACUAGUGAUGAGUUAUUUGAAACAACCAAGCCAGGAAAAAAACAAACUAAAAAAAAUUUAAAAACUGAAAGGAAAAAUAGGAAAAAUGUUCGAAAAUCAAACAAGAAAAAUAGGCGGAUUUCUAAGAAGACUAAGAAAGGCAGGAAAUCCCCCAAAAAUAAGAAUGCCGCCAAGCUGAGUAGGAAGCAUGCAGCCAAGCACGAAAAGAAGCAUGCAACCGAACACAAAGGGAAGCAUGCAGCAAAGCAAGGACAAAAACGCGCAAACAAACACAAAGGAAAGAAGAAUUCAGCCCAGCUCAGAAAGAAACAUGCUGCUAAGCAAGGAAAAAAACAAGCUGCAAAGCAAGGAAAGAAGAAUACAGCCCAGCUGAGAAAGAAGAAUACAGCCCAUCUGAGAAAGAAGCAUGCUUCUAAGCAAGGAAAGAAGCAUUCUUCUGAGCAAGGAAAGAAGCAUGCUUCUAAGCAAGGAAAGAAGCAUGAUGCCAAGCUUAGACAGAAGCAUGCUUCUAAGAAGAACUCUCCAGUUAAAAGAAGAAAGAACAAUUUAAGGAAUGGUCCCGACAGUCCUGUUGAUACUUCGGAGUACUCCUUUGUAUUCCCAGUUUACGGUCCUCAGGACAGAUACUGUGGAUAUCAUCUAAAUGGUAGAAGUCAAGAUCUAUCAUCAACUGCACUACUACCUUCCUUCAAUGCUGGGAACAUUAAGGAAACAGUAAUAAGUGAAAAUCUGCCUCUGGAGGUACUUGUUAUCACCACAAAUGCUGAUGAAGAAGCUGCUAAGCAUCCUAACAUGGCCAAGAAUCCAACUGGUUUUAAGAUUAGAUAUACCCAAACUCCUUGCAAUUCAGGAUAAAAAAAAACACCUUUUGUCAGGGGUGCUUUUACAGUUAUACUAAAUAUAUCUCCUUUUUCAUCAAACCAUUUCCUCAUUCUUCAAAAUCUUGCCCCACCCCACCCCCAACAAAAAAGACCAGCGAUGGUGCCUAAGAAUCUCAAAUAAGUAAACAAAUU